GGGAGGCUCCGGAGUUUACAGUGCUGGUAGCAGCACAGUAGCUUGUUAAUUUCAAUAUGGACAUGACAUCCACUGACACUCAAACGUUUAAAGACGACUCCCACGCAGGCGGAAAGAGUUUUCUUGUCAUGCGCACAUGGGAGGAUUCGAAUGAUGACGUCAGACAAGACACAGAGGAAAAUAGUAACGAUAAAAAUCACAACCAAACACCCAAAAAGCCUCGUCACAGGACAACCUUCACACCGUAUCAACUGGAGGAGAUGGAGAAGGCGUUCCGCCGAGCUCCUUACCCGGAUGUUGUGACACGAGAAGAACUCGCUCAGAGACUGGGGCUUCACGAGACACGCGUGCAGGUGUGGUUCCAGAACAGAAGAGCAAAAUGGAGGAAAGGGGUUGCUCCUAAAGUCAGUGUGUCUCAAUCGGAAGUGAAUGAAGAAAGAAAAUCAAUGCCAGUCCCAGUGUCCGACAUCCCACCCCUGAGGGACCAGCCCCCAUCGUCCUCCCCCUGGAGUCCCUGGACACUGCCCGGGGGGUACAUCUGGUAUGCAGGCUGGAUGCCGGGGUCCCCGUCCUGCUCAUGGUCUCCGCCACCAGGAUGUGCUUUACCGGAGUCACGUGGUCCCUGUCACAUGACCGACCUUCGCGGGGGUCUCAAACUGCCCAGAACGAGGCCAGAAGGUCGGAAUCCUCUCGCUUACGUCACGUAGACAUUUUUAUUUUGUUUUGUAUAUAAUAACUUAUUAAGCUAUGGGACAGUGGAAUAUGAUAUAAAGUGCCUUGGUCGUCGAUCUUCGGAACUUCGUACGAAUUUUGUAAAUUUGUAUAUAUAAUGAUUUAAAUAGAUAUGCUAGUGUUGAAUGGUGUCUCACAGCAGUUACAUCGUGACACUUGUGCAUCACCGUCUGUGCCUUCAACGUGCCUUACUUGUAUUUGUCUGUGCAUACAUUGUAUAUACAUUGUACACUAAUUGUAUAGUUGCAAUAUGGAUCCACACCAGCAAUAUGAUUCAUAUAUUAUGCCACACUCACAGCUCAAAUGCAGAUGUUCAGUGAAGUUUUACACACACAGUUACAUAGAUUUAAAUCAUAACUGAAACGACUGUCAGUUUCCUUUGUUAGCUAGGGGCGGUGGGGUAGUCUAAUGAUUAAAGCGUUUGUUCGUCACGCCGAAUAUCCGGGUUCGAUUCCCC